AUGGGUAUCGAUCUUAACCGCCACCACGUCAAGGGCACUCAUCGCGAGAACCCCAAGAGCGACAAUGUCUACCUCAAGCUCUUGGUGAAGCUCUACCGCUUCCUGUCCCGCCGUACGGAUGCAAACUUCAACAAGGUCAUUCUCCGACGCCUGUUCAUGUCCAAGAUCAACCGCCCUCCUGUCUCGCUGUCUCGCAUCGUCGGCAACAUCAACAAGGAGGGUGAGAAGCGCACCGUCGUCGUCGUCGGCACCGUCACCGACGACAACCGUCUCUUGACCUUCCCCAAGGUCAAUGUCGCUGCUCUGCGAUUCACCGCCACUGCCCGUGCCCGCAUUGUCAAGGCCGGCGGCGAGGCCAUCACCCUGGAUCAGCUUGCUCUGCGUGCCCCUACUGGCAGCAACACUCUGACCCUGCGUGGCCCCAAGAAUGCUCGUGAGGCUGUCAAGCACUUCGGCAUGGGUCCCCACAAGCACAAGAAGCCCCAUGUUGUCUCCAAGGGCCGCAAGUUCGAGCGUGCUCGUGGCCGAAGACGCUCUCGCGGUUUCAAGGUUUAA